AUGGGUUUAAAGGAACAGGAUAAUUCGCAAUACACAACUUACGAUUGCUUUUUUUCCAAUUUUAUUCAUCCUUCAGUAUAUAUAAAUAAUAAUGCUAUUACAGAGCCAAUCAAUUUGACUAAAUGUACCUUCAUUAAUUUCAACAUCUCUUCAAAUGAGGCAGCUGGUGCCGUUUAUAUUACAGCCGGGAUCAAUUUAUCCACUUCAUUUAUUAUAGGAGAAAAGCUGUAUUGUGGUAUUAUAGAAAAGGACGUAGGCAUUUAUGGACAGUUUGAAUCUAUCGAUUCGGUUAAUUUGAACUUUACAUGCCUCAUCGACAGUGGAAAAGGGAAUGUCGGAACUAAAGGAAUGAAUUAUCUUAUUUCCAAACAAGUUAAUUAUGAUAAUGUGAAUGUCACAAAUAUUAAAAGCGGUUAUAGAUCUCUUUAUUUUUCCACAUAUCGUGGUACUUUCAUAGGUUCAACAUUGAUAUAUUGUAAUUUUUGCAAUUUGACAGGUGGAUCCAUGAUAACUAGCUAUAUAAGCCAUAAUUUUCAAUAUUGCAACUUAAUCGAUAACACUGGGGCAAUUACCUCGAAUCAACAACGGCGUUAUGAAUUUAGGAAUUGUAAUUUAGUCGCCCCAGAUAACAUGAGAGCUCAUUCAAUAGAAAAUAGUGAUAAUCAUGCAAUAGGUUGCUAUAUAAAUGAAGUUUUUUAUAAUAGAAUUAAUGGAGGUAUUGAAAUAAUAAAUUCACAAAACACAUCCGUGGAAUUUACAUUUGUAGUUUUUGAUCCUAAUCAAUUCAAAACAGCACCUCCAGUUACACCUCAUAUUACACCAUUUCUGACAAAUGAAAUAACACCACGCCAAACUCCAUUUGUUACUAAUGAUGCCACACCUGCUUUAACACCAUUUAUAACUAUAGAUAAAACUCCAUUCCAAACGCCAAUUUUAACAAAUGCAAUCACUCCUCAUCAAACUCCAUUUAUCACCAAUGAGAUUACACCUGUUUUAACACCAAUUGGUACUGAAGCAAUAACCCCAAAUUAUACUCCUCAAUUAACUCCAUUUAGUACUAUUGAAAAAACACCGCAUAUUACUCCAUUUAUGACUGAAGAAACAACUCCAUAUAAAACUCCAUAUCAAACUGCAUCUGCAACAGCUGCCCCUGUAAUAACUGAACCUAUAAAUGGCCCAUACCUAGGCGCUAAUGGAAAUUAUGGACAUCUAAAGAGACAAUAUAGAUAUAGUGUCCAUUAG